AUGAGUGCUGAGUGUGCAGCGAGGACAAACUCCAUCUUAGACCAACAUCUGGAGCUGACAAACAUCACUGGAGGAACAGAGGGCUCCUGCUAUCGUUGUACUUUACCAUUCAGCAUUGUGCUCCUGAUGAUUGGCACUGCAGUUACAGCCGUAGCCUACAGCUUCAACCCCCAUGGUUCCAUCAUUUCCAUCCUGGGGCUGGUGCUGCUAUCCAGCAGUCUCCUGCUGCUGUUGCUCGGCCUCGCUGCACUGCGCUGGAAACUCAGACAGGGCAAAAAAAUGGACAGACAUUCAGCAAGUCAGUGCAAUCUAGUGGAGAGCCUGAGACCCAACUGA